CAUCACUCAUUCGCCAUUUUUGUCGCUCACUAAACAAACCAGUCACGAUGAGUAGAGCAGCUAUCGAACAAGCUCUAACAGGUCUCGUACCUACAUUAAACGGGCCUCUACCGCCAGAGUUGGUUGAGCUCGCCUUUUCGCUGCUCACCCGCUCUGCUACAAACUCAUUCAAGUCUGACGAAGCAAUCGCGCGGCCAUAUGCAUGCGCGCAACUAGCCUGCGAGAGGCUAAAGAAGCGCCUUAAUCUACCCGCAAUCGUGUCGCGUCCUCCGUGCCCGCCCCGGAUCUACAAAAAGCUUUACAGUUACCUCAAUAGUACCCUGCCCGCGCCUUCGACCAAUCGAGAACCACAAACCCCUCGUAAAGCCGUAGCUUCUGCGCCACCUUCUGCGCAUAAUACACCUAAGACGUCCACGAGCGCAAAGAAGACCCCACGAACCACAAGAAAGGAGGGGGACAAGGCAGGAGAGCUACCGGGGUGGACCAUGUCCACUAUACGCUCUCUCGCCAAAUCAUUAGAUCAUCCAAAUGCUGCACCCCACAUUUUCACGGGCGUCGAGUCCAUCAUUCCUUUGUUAGCACGCAUGUCUGCUGCCGUCGUGGGGACACCGACCAAGCGGCCACGAAAAGUAACAACUACAUCUCAACCUCCCACGUCGCCCGUUUCAGACACUCGCAUAAUCGCUUUGAUAGCCACGGUAUUUCUGUAUGUCCUAGCUAGGAUGUCAGAUCAAGAAGUAACGCCCGACCAAUACCAAAAGUGGCAAGAGGACACAUUGAACACCCUUUUGGAGCUGCCAUCCGGGCAGAACAUUACGUAUGAAGAACUCUCCCCGGAGGUGAUACAACUGAGGGACAUGGCGCCUGGAGAAGGUUGGCUGCACAUGGAGUGGUUUCUCAACAUCGCGCCUUCGCAUGAUGUAGACGCCAUGGAAGGUGUUGAAGCAACCGACGGCAACGCACACUCUCUGAAGGAAAAUAGGAAGAGGCCAAGAGAUGGCGCUAGCAGCUAUAUUGGCCUGGGCACAAUGAUGCAGGAUGCUACAGACUACCUGGGCGAGCGCCAGCGUGAAGAUUACAAGAGAUGGAAAGCCAACGUUAUGGCCCGCGUGCAGGAAAUCGAGGCAGCGUGAGAACAUGUAGAUGCUCCAGCACACUGGUUUUUACUUAUAUGAUUAUAUCAUCCAUCCAUUAAGCAAGACCUUUGCUAAAAGCUUAUUAGACCACGUUGUCCGCUCCCAUAUCUCUCACCAGAUAACGCCUGUGACAAUCCACCUUGGUGAUGGUUAUCAACAUGUUCUUCUAUGGAACAUUGGAAGAUUAAACUUUGAGAGCACUACGACAAACAAGGGUUGAGGCUUUCAAGGACUGGAAACACGCAUAAAUACAACUGAUUGGCAGAGAUCCCAGACAGCUAAUCUUUCUUACCUUAUUGGAUUUGACUGAUCAACCCCAGCCACCGCACAUAAAAGUCGCUGAUGCUCAGCCUCGU